ACAGUUUCUGUUGAGGGCCAAUCAUACCACUUAAGGAAUCCUCUCGACCUCAAAAAUCUUGUGGAGUGGUACAUCCGUAAAAUCAACGGGUUAAGACAAAGUGGGGAAUUAAAAAACGUUACUAUCACCGUGAAGAUAUCAUAGAUGCGUAUGGAGAUGCUGAAAUUGUGACGCAUUUUAAUCAGAAAGUUCAUGAAAUGGGGAUGCAAUCCGUGUGGGUUCCGUAUUAUUAUGCGCCUCACGCAUGGGAUGGAAAGGACGUGUUUAGAUUUGACGUUUUAGUGGUGCAGCCGAAUUACUCGUUUGGCUCGUCGAUUGAUAGCGGUACCGCCUCUGGGGACAGACUAUACGCAAUUGGUCUAAAGUCUGCCGCAGUCAACCAGUCGUUCGAGUACGAGUUGCGCGGAGGGGGGCAAUACCCGCUGGAAAAUUGGAUUGCACAUCGGUACCUUGCCAUUGCCCAGUCAUCAGGGGCCGCCCUCUUUCCGCAAGUAUUUUUCGUAGGGCCAGACUUUUUUGAUGGAAUGGGCGCCGGGUCGCAACAAGCUGGCGACAAGUGGAAGGCUUACACCGACCUGACAAACUAUUUGGGUGGGUUGGUUGGUUGGGUUUGGGUGGGUCCCCAACUUGGAAUUAGGGAUUCCCUUCGGACCAUCCGAUUACGCACAAGUUUCCACCCUCGUACGAAGGAAGAGUUGGAUAGUUCCACCCGGUUAGGAAGGAAUCACGUCAAUCAGGGUUGAUUUCGGCGAUUGUGGUGCAUACUGGAAGGGAAAAUUGGUAGUGAGAGUGCCAGGAUUUUCGGCCUUUUCUCAACGUUCCUGACCAGAUAUUGUCGACCCAAUAUACAGUUCGGUUGUUACCCCAACGGCAAACUUGAAUAUAACGGUUGGGAUGAAUUUGGUGAUUGAGCUUCACAGAGAAACAUCAACUACUCCGUGGCCAUCGAUUAUGCAGAUGAUAGCGGCAAAAUAUGAGCCUCCCUACUUAGCAAAUCCACUAUUUGAAGAUGCCUCCACAUCUAGUGCAUCCGUGGUUGAGGGCCCGUACCCGGAUAGUGCGCCCACCCAUGAGCAGUACGUCCCUGGAAAGUUGACGGAUGGGAAAGUGGCAGAGGGAGGAACAUGGUACUGGGAUGGAGUAAUGGGGUGGAACCUACCGUCAGAAGGGGCUUUUGGCAUCACGAUUGACCUGGGUCAAAUUGUUACCCAUAUCUCAGACGUUAGAAUAUGGACCCAUUUUAGUGAGAUUGCGGGUAGGGUUGCCGGUGAGAUGAGAUGAAGUGAGACAGAGCUCAUCUCACCCCAUCUCAUUACCUGGUGAGAUGAGUUGAGAACUAAAUGAGUUCGUCAAAACCCUGGCUCGUCUCAUCUCAUCUCAUCUCAUGCUCAGAUGAGAUGAGAUGAGAUGGCUCAUUUAGCGCUUCGUACGCAAUAUUUUGCCUAAAAUUCCUAUAGAAAAAUAAUGAUGUAGUGACAAGGGCAUAUAAUCUCGAUAUUUCAAUAUCGAAAUUUCGAUAUUAUAAUAUGAAUUUUGAUUUGGUCACAAAAUACACCCCAAAGUUUCUAUGGUUGACUUUUAACCUAGUUACAUACACCCCACAAUUUCCCAAAAAUAAUUCUGACUUACAUCAACCUCGAUAGUUUCCAAAAAUGAAUUUUGACUUGGUUACACCCCCAAUGUUCCCAAAAUGGAUUUUGACUUUGUUACAGCCCCAAUGUUUCCAAAAAUGAAUUUUUACUUGGUUACACCCCCAAUGUUCCCAAAAAUGAAUUUUUACUUGGUUACACCCCC